AUGGCUCUCCAACAUCGUCCCGGUGAUGAAGAAAAAUGGAAAGCUAAGGGUGUGCGUAGAUUUUCGAAACCUCAAACACCUAAAGACGAAUACCCUAUGCCUGUGGCCGAUAUGCUGAUAGAUAGAGCAACGGGGCACACGAUACUCAGUUUUCUCGACGCACAUUCUGGAUACAACCAAGUACCAAUCAGCAAAGAGGACGUAUCCAAAACGGCUUUUCGAUGUCCCGGGCCGAUAGGAGCGGCAGUCAAAGGACAAGUGUUGGCCGAUUUCUUAGCCGAUCAUCCUGGAAUUACCCUCAUGGAGGAAACAAUUAGUUUUUGCGACAUAGCCAUAUGGGAGAUGUGGUUCGACGGGUCCAGGACAAGCCAGGGGGCAGGCGCCGGAGUACACAUUGUCUCGCCCCUGGGGGCAUCUUACCGGCUGUCGUUCAAACUCCAAUUUGAGUGUACCAACAAUCAGGCAGAAUACGAAGCCCUAAUAUUCGGUCUCGAGAUCUUGGCUGAACUGGGGGCAAAGGCGAUCAACGUUAGAGGCGAUUCUUUGUUGGUUAUCAAACAAGUAAUUGGAGAAUCCAAAUGCGAGUCCGAAUUACUGGUAAGGUAUUGCAACAAGGCAAAACAUCUCAUCGAAGGCUUUCAGGAUACAAGGAUAGAAUACACCGAGAGAGCCGAUAAUGUUGUUGCAAAUGAUUUAGCUCAGCAUGGUAGUGGGUACAAAAUGAACCUCCACUUGGAUGCAAUAGAAAGAGAAAUGCCGAAUCUUCAUACUGGGGGCAUCACCAUUGACGAAAGGAGAUUUUCAGCCUACCAACUUGAUGUUGACCAAGAUUGGAGAAUUGAAAUCUUAAACUGGUUUGAGAAGUCAGACCAUACAAAUAGGAGGUUAAGGACCUUGGCCCUAAACUACGGGGUUUUGGCAGGCGAUUUGUACAAAAAGGGCUUUGAAUGGCUACUUUUCAGAUGCAUCGGCCCCAAGGAAGCAAUGCUAGCAAUGGCCGAAGUACACGAAGGGAUAGCUGGCGCUCACCAGGCGGGCCCUAGAAUGAGAUGGCUGAUCCAUAAAUACGACUUCUAUUGGCCGAAGAUGGAACAAGACUACAUAAGAUACGCUAAGGGGUGCGAGGUUGAAGCCAAGCCCCUGAAAUCGCCUACGCAAGAAGCUGUGAUCAAGUUCUUCAAGGAAUACAUCGUCCAUCGACACGGAUUACCCGAAUCAAUAACCACAGAUCAAGGGACCAUGUUCACAGGAGGCGAUAUAGUUUGGUGGGCUUCUCAGAUGAAGAUAAAAAUGGUACACUCGACGCCAUACUAUGCGCAAGCCAACGGACAGGCCGAGGCAACGAACAAAGCUAUUAAGCUUAUAGUUCAAAAAAUGGUUGAAGAAAACCCAAGACAAUGGCAUGUUUUGUUGUCAGAAGCAGUUUGCGCGAAUAGGACCAGCCAGAAGUCGGCCACCGGAACUUCGCCUUUCCGAAUGGUGUAUGGAUAUGAUGCAAUGCUGCCAAUGGAGCUUUCUGUCAUGUCAACUCGCCGUCUAUAUUAG